CUGCGGGUCACCCCAUCUCCCCCACCUCUCGUGGGCCACGGUGCGCCGCCGCGUCGGCCGCCACGGGGACGGAGAUCCGGUGGCCGGUUUGUCUCUCGUGCUGCCAGGGCAUGACGAGUGAGGUUGCCCCCUGCAUGCCGUUCAAUUGGUUCCGGAGGGCAUCAGGUUGGUCUGGAAGUGGAGGAGGUCUGAUGACCGGUGAAGGUGCUCAGAACCGGGCCAACGACAUUUGCCACCGCCUUGAGGAGGCUUUAGAUUCCUUGGACCGGGUGGACACAGAGCACGCCGAUGCAGCCACCUUGAAGCGACUCUCCCAGGAUGUGAAAAAGCAGCUGCAAGCGUUGCUGGAGGUGUUGCAAGAGGCCGAGCGUGGUGCUGGAGGUGAGAUGCAGAUCUCGGUGGUCAAGGCAUGGCUUGCUAAGUUCCUGGCCACGGAUCUCCCAAAGCGUUUGGCACAGCACUUGAUCCAAUUGGAGUUUGAGGUGCGCAAUGAUGUCGUCACUGUCUUCAGUCACGUGGUGCGGAUAGGAGCUCUUGCGGAUGUCGAACUGAUGAAAGAGUACUGCACUGAUCCAGCUUUCUUUCAGCUUCUGGUCAAGGGCUAUGAGACGCCGGAGAUCGCGACGCACUGUGGGAUGAUGCUGCGAUCUUGUGCCCGAGAAGAAAAGCUGGUUCAGGCCUUCUUGGACAAGAUGGAGUUGGUGCUGAACUUGAUGAAGUACACCCGCCAUGAAGAGUUUGAGAUUUCGACAGAUGCUUUUGCCUCAUUGCACGACUUCCUCUUGAAUCACCACGAUAUCUCUGCAGAGUUUUUGGAGGGCAACUUCCGUCCCUUCUUCACCUGCUACAACAAGCUCUUGGAGGAGGGUGACUAUGUGACCAAGCGUCAGGCCCUCAAGCUCCUUAGCGACCUUCUGCUGGCAAGAAAGUUCAUGAGGAUAAUGCUGACCUACAUUGGAGACGACUCGUAUUUGCAGCUUCAUAUGAACCUGCUCAGAGACGAGUCCAAAACCAUCCAAGUGGAGGCCUUUCACGUUUUCAAGAUCUUCGUGGCCAACCCUUCUCGGCCGCCCCGUGUCCAAGCCAUUCUCUUCAAGAACAAGGAGAGACUUGUGAACCUGCUGAAAGAGUUGACUCCUCAUCGAUCUGAUGACAAACAAUUCCUGGAGGAUAUGAAGACGGUGCUGGCAAAGCUGGAGGCUCUAGAAGCACCAGUGCGUAAUCCUGGCGGCUACCAAGGAGGCUCGGCCGAACCGGGCUCACCCAAGCGUGAGACAUCUUGAGGUAGGGAUGCCAUGUUCGCUUUAGCCCAAAGCUGUGGAGCAAAGAGUGCUUCAUAGGCAGAGGCGAACAUGGCGGACAUGCUGUCGGUGCUGCGCUGUUGCUGUAGGGGUCGCUGUGCCCAGGCUUGUACUCGGUUGGUGAUGCCUGACUUGUUAU